AUGGUUCUAGACAUCGAUGCUCCGAUCCAAGUGUCGGGAUCGGGUGCGGGCGGGCCCGAGCCGUCGCAGGAGCAGGUGGACAUGCUCAGCGAGAUGGGCUUCACCCACGCACAGGCGCGCAAGGCGCUGCGCGAGACAGGCGGGGACGCGGAACGUGCGGUAGAGUGGCUGUUCUCUCAUCCGGACGAUAAUGGGGAAGACGUGCCGACCGCUGCGGCCAUGGAGGCGCCAUCGUCGUCUGGUCCGGGUGGUUCGUCGGAUCUACCGGCCAGGUAUAAGCUCAAGGCGUUCAUCUCGCACAAAGGGCCGUCCGUGCACUCUGGACAUUACGUGGCCCAUAUCCGCGUUGAAGACUCCGGGGCGGCGGACGAGGGGUGGGUGUUGUUCAACGAUGAAAAGGUGGUCAAGGCGGAUGUGGAGAGCGUGCAUGAGUUGAAGAAACUAGCCUAUUUGUACGUCUAUGAGAAGGUGUAA